CUAGAAAAUGGAUGUGAAGAUACCCUUGACUUUGAAGACUCCAAGCAGGAGAAAUGUUUCGAAGUGGCAAGUACUCCAAACGGACACAUUUCGAUAUCCGCUUUCAUAGCCAAGAAUGGGGAAAAGUCUCUCAAGCUGGAGUCGACAGCUGGUGAAAAAUCCAUUUUUAGGUACGUCCGACCAUCUAAGUUUCCCAUAGAGAAUAAGGGUCUUUGGAGAGGAGGGAUUAAAAUGUGGAUUUAUAAGACAGCUGCCGUCAAUGGAAAGAAGAUGGAGGUUAUUCUUACGGACAACACUAACAAGGCAACAGUGGGAAGAUUUAUGGUCGAUAUGGGGUUUAAAGGCUGGAGAGGAAUAUGGGUUUCGUACUUCGAGUGUAGAGAAUCUGAGAACAGUCUUCUUAAAGCGAAAGUAGAGACAGUUGAUUUUGUAUUAAAUCAUCAGGACACCAUUUAUAUUGAUUUGUUGGAGUUUGUUCCCAGCCUUGCAUUUCAGUCUCGCGAUAAAAUUGUUCUACCAUUUACCAAAUUUGGCUCAAAGUAUAAGUAUUGGCAUUUAUGGCAGAAAAGUUAUAACUGGAGUCAACAAAUUCCUACAGCAACCCCAAAAGAUAUUGAUCCGUCUAAGAUUUUUAGCUUAUCCCACAUUGAGAGUCGGUUGAGAAACUGGUACUGUGAUGAGAAAACAACAACUUACGAUUUUUCAGGAACUGUGAGGAAUCGAUGGAACGCCCUUAAGAAAAGUAUCAACAUCGCGCACAAGGAAUAUGAAAGGCUCGAAUUUAAGACAGUUUCCGGCAAAAAGGUGAUUAGUGGACCUCCGCUUUUUUGUCUAAGAUCUACAAGGGGAACAAGAGAAUAUUCUUCCACUGAACGGUUAAGAAAGUAUAGCUUCGUUAUGACAAGAAUAUUGCAACCCCUGGCUAUAGAACUCCACUUAAAAUCUCGGGGUGAUGAAGUGACAAGGACAGUGACUAAGGAGACACCAGAAUUUAAUUCUCAGGAUAAUCAAGACGAGAGUGCGGCUCUUACUCGAAUUUGUGGAGAUGACAAACAAAUGGAAGACAAGUUUCUUAACCAUUUAAAAGCACAGGGAAAGCCUUACACAGAAGCUAAAGUACGCCUUUCACUGGAAUAUUUAAACCAAGCUCGCCUGGAAAGAAUUUGUAACGUCCUAGAUUAUCUCGAGGAUCAAGGUUGGGCUGAUGGAAGUGCAUCGGGUUCUUUAUACAUGGAAAAUCUUCAAAGCAGCGCUGGAUUUAUGCACAGUCUUUUUCUUUUGAAAGACGCUUUUGCCAAAAAUGAAACAUAUAAAAACAGAUUGCAGAAGUUAAUAAAAACCGCCAAAUGGUACCAUGACUUUGGAGAAGUAUAUCAAUCAUCUUUUGAGUAUAAUGGAACAACAGCGGACUUUAUGAUAACAAGAAUGUUAUAUAGACUUAUUAUUGUUCUAGUCAUGCCUGACACUACAGAAGAAGAACAGAAGGCAAAACAACGCGAUAUGGACGCCUUGAAAAAAUGGUUGGAUAAUGCAUUGACCAUCAACAGGGCUUUAGGAGGGUUCAUCAAACCCGAUUACACCGGCUUCCACCACAUGACUUUUUAUGCGUGUGCAUACAUACCCGACGCAUUGCACACCGCGGCGCAAGUACAAUAUCUUUUGGAGGGAACAGCCUUUGAAUUAUCACAAACUGCUAAACUGAAUUUACGGCAAGCUCUUAAAACUCUUCGCAUAACAGCUGUAAAAUAUUCAACUCCAAGUAGUGCAGGAGGGCGCUUUCCAGACUAUUCUUUGGUAUCUCUGUUGAAAAAUCUCCCAGCCUACGCGUACAUUGCUGUAGCUCAUCCAGGUGCCCUACCCUCAACGCCUCUAAAAGGUAUAUACAUUCCUGAUUUGAACAACAAUGCAGUAAUCUUUGAACGUUUAUAUCAACCGUCAGAUGAUAUUGUCGCUAAAGAGUUGAGAUAUGGUUAUAUCAAAAGAGGCAAGUCAUAUUUCAACACGCUUGGUUCUCUGCAAGUAAUGAUUAAGGUAAGGGUGUAAACUCAUUGCGUACAUUCCUCGUAAUUAAAUAUAACGGAAAAUCCGUAAUGAUCAGCACUGGAUUAGAAUUCGGGUUCCUGAGUCGAAAUUCUGGCUCUUUUUCAUUGUGAAAUAUAAUGGAAAGCAAUUUUGUUAGUAAAAUUUCAUUCUGUGUUUCGUUUCUUUGAAGUGACAUUUUUUCAAAACAAAAAAGAAGAAGCUAAGUCAAAGUCGAGGUCAGAUUUAAGGCAAGCUAAAACAGGACUGAAAGUCAGGGUUGCCCUCCGCCGCUGUUCUGACUCGUAAGUUCAAGUGGCCUACCAAUGAAAUCACCCAUACGCACAAAGAGACGGAAUUGUGAACAAAAUGUAUAGUAAAGGUACACCACCAUUAGUUGUGCCUUCCAAUGAUAUAUCGCUUUUAGUAAUUCCACAAAGUGAGUGUGCGAGUUUAAGUUCACCCACCAAGCUUAGACUUGAGCUUACCGAUAGGGGAGGAAAGUGCAGCUAAAAUGUAAAGGCAGGUACUGUAAAAACCCAUGGAACGAACAUGCUUUUUAAGAGCCUUUUGGGUUAAAUUCUGCCUGUUAGGUCGUCUCCUCUAUACAAGAACCUGUUAAGCCUAAAAUUUGAGACAGGGUCUUAUUUCUAAAAUCUAUCAAAAAAAUAUGAAUACUUUGUUCUGCUUACAAUUAUUUUUACAUAAAUACCAAUUUGGUAUGCAGAUGUUGUAUAAGGAAUAGGCUGAAUACCACAAACAAAUAUAAAAUAAGAACCUAUUUAAGAACCUAAAUGGCCUAAAUUCGUGUUAACUAGCAUUUAUGUAACAACCUGUUUAGGCUUACUUGUGAAAAUGUAGGUUCUUACUUGCGGCUUUAUACUGUAUUUUUCACUCUUUAGGAGUGACGCAAAUGAACACCACGCUCUUAUUUUUUAUUUUUUCUUUUAUAUUUCUCUCCAGGUGAACGCGAAGGCCCUGUCAAAGAAUUUGGCUGCUGAAAAAUCCCCAGAAGGUCACUGGUCAAAGAACUUUGCUGCCUUCUCUAUUCACCGGCGAGAAAACUGGGCUGUGACAGUAAAGGGCUUUAACAAGUUCGUCUGGGACUUCGAGAAAAAGAAAACUGAAAAUCCCAACGGUAUCUUUGCAAGCCACGGCUCAAUGCUAAUAGCUAACAGCGAGGAAGCGUUGAAGGCACAUGACGUAGAUGCAGGCUGGGAUUGGAUUAGAAUUCCUGGAACAACUACCAUGUCUAUAACCCUCAACAAGGCAAAACUGGUUGUCCAAAGAAACUACAGCCCACAGUCGUCUGCUGGAGGCGUUACCUUCCUGGGUACAGAAACUUUGUCCAAUGGCGUGUUUGGCAUGAAUUUCAAUCAGCCACAUUACAAGUCCGAAGAUAGUAAUCAUCCCUUUCCAAAUGUACAACUACACUUUAAGAAGUCCAUUUUCUUUUAUAAAAACUUGUUAGUUUGCUUGGGAAGUGACAUAAAACUGACAAAUGGACCUGGACUAAAAGCACAGACAACUCUUUUUCAAGACAAACUUAGCAGAAGUUCCACAGCGUUCACCAUUAAGGUGGAUGGUGUCAGUGAAGGAAUGACUAGUCCUUUCCCAGCCAUGACACCAUACAAUCCAAGUAAAGGAGCAUCAUCUACUAUUCUGCUCGACACGAAAGGCAACAGUUACUACAUUCCACUCUCGUCUGCACCUCAUGUUAGGGUUCACAUCCAAAACCAGACGUCAGAAAAUCAAAAGGGUAACCCUUCGACUGGAUACUACGCUACUGCCUGGUUUGAGCACAGCUCCGUGGAUGCAAGCUACGAGUACGCAAUUUACGUAAAUACACCGUCGUAUCCACACACUGCACAAGACGCAUGGCUUCUGCAAGAAGAUCAGAAAAAGCUCUAUGAGGUGCUUAAACAAGAUCACAAAGCCCAUGUUGUGAGAUUUCUUUCAGCACCCGACAGUUUGACAGCAGUAAGUCCUCUGUAUGGUUACGUUAUUUUUCAGCCCGUCACUACCCUUAAGUGGGGACCAAUUAAGGAAGUGAAUAAGGAGUGUCGUAUCAUGGCCAGCGAAUCACAGACGGAGCUCUACAUCAGUAUCAGCUUCCCUGACCUGGACUUUGACACAUCAGCUGUGUUAGAUACGCUAAGCGAUGUGGGACCCAGAGAACGGUUCCAUAUGGAAAGCAAAGAAAACGAAGUCGAAGUCACCCUAACAGUUGACGUAGACAGUAACAUCCAAUCGGUUUUUGUACAUGGAUCACCAGCUGACUACGAACCAGUUGUCCAAGUGAAUUCCUCGUCCUCAUCUCCUCCAAACAAGGGCAACAAAAUCAUUUUCACUAAUCUUAAGAAUGGGUUCAGUGUUGAAAUUAAAUUAAAAAAAUAG